UAGAUAUAUACAGCUGAGAAACACAAAUAUCAAAUCAGUGGCGCUUAUCAGCUGGCAAAAUAAAAAAAAAAAACAAAUAUUACAAUGGCCUACAAAUGGGUGCAAACUUCCGCCUACUCCUCUCUACCUCCAAACGCAAUUGUGGGCGGCAAUGAUGAAGACGGUGCCAUGAUCUAUGUGGGACGUGCCGAGCAUGAGGGCGACAUGCUGGUGUGCAAAGUGGUGCCUACGAAGCAAAUUGGUUUCAUCUCAUCUCGCGGCGAGGCGCUGCCCAAGGAUAUAUACGAAGUGCUCUGCGGCGAGAAUCUGGUGUGGAUCAAGUGCUACGAUCAUGUUAUACCCGAGACGGCAGUGCUCUGUGGACGCACCUCGCUGGAUCAGCCGGUGUACAUAGGUCGCGGACACUACGAAGGACAUUUGAUUAUAGGCAAGAUAUCCUCGGUGCAUCGUGCGCUAUUCAUAGCGUUUCGUGGCGCUGAACGUCGACUGGACUCGUAUGAAAUACUUGUGGAGGAGAAACGCGCUCUAGCGGGCUGGCAGUUGCCACCGCCACCGCCCAUGGAGGAGCUGCUGCAAGAAAAGACGCCUACAAGUCCGCCACCACCACCGCCGCCACCAGCAUUUGGAGUCAAGCCGUAUCCUUAUCCGCCCGAGUUUGAUGCACCAGCGCGGCAUGUUGAGGAUAGACCGCCGCAAUAUACGCCAAUGCCUAUGCCCAUGCCUAUGGUCAGCACAGAUCCGUAUCCACCGCCAGCUCUCGAGGCUGUUAUACCGCCGCCACGCUACCAAGAAGCUGUAAGCGUAUUGCCACCAAAGCCUGAUUAUUCGGCAUAUUAUACGCCACCCACUGUAGCAUCCGCUGUUGUGCUGCCCGCUAUUGUAGCGCCAGCUGCUUCCAGCAGCUUUGUACCUGCAGACACAUAUAAGCCACCUCUAGAUCCUUAUGCGCCCAGCUGCUCCGGUUAUACGCCUGCCGUAACAGUACCAGCUCAAACUGCCUACGGCAUUGGUUCGCCGGAUAUUUGGGUGCACACUAGCUCAAGCUAUAUACCACCAGAUGCUGUCUCUGGUGGUCACGACAGCGACAUGACGCCUCUAUAUGUUUGCCGUGCCCAUUACCAAGGCAUGCAUAUACCCGGCAAGGCGGCACCUAGUCGUUGUUGCGCCUAUAUUGCAGAUGCUGGACGUGAAAUUAUUGAAUCCAAUUACGAAGUGCUUGUGGGACAAGGCAAAUACCAUUGGGUGCCUGCCUAUGAUGGUAAUGUUGUGCCCGGCGCUGUGGAGGCGGGACGUUCAUACAGCGGUGAACCUUUGUAUGUGGGACGCGCACGCUAUUGUGGCAGCUUAACUCCAGGCAAGAUUCAGCGCUCGCAUCGCAGUCUGCACAUAGCCUACGGUGGACAGGAGAUACGUAUUAGCAGCUAUGAGGUGUUGGUUAGAAGUGACAUCUACCAUCGUCAGCAGGCUAUCAGUCUAAGCUACUAACAACAAACAAACUUCGUUAAUCUGCAGCUACCUCAGUUUAUAACACAAUGCUUACCUUUUUUAAUGUAUAUACAAACUUUAACUCUUAUUCUUCAAUUACAUAUUAUGCGUGCAUAUUUAAAGCAUUUUA